AACUACCGAUGCAGCAGGUGCAUGGGCAGCAGCAACCAAUGACCAGAACCAAUGGCUGAUGCAGGACCUUAACGACGUUAGCGUCAUCACCGGCAUCAUCAUCAAAGGCAGGAACUACAGCCCUGAUUGGCCCACCGGCAUACAUGACCAAUACGUCACAUCCUACACCAUUUCAUACGGCGAUGAAAACGGCGAUGAGACGUUCUACACCGAUGCUGAUGGGCAAGUUACUGUUUUUCCGGCGAAUGACGACAGAGACACGGAGGUCUACAACGACUUCGGAGACUUCAGUGGCCGCAUAACUGCGCGCUUCGUCAAAAUCCAUCCGCAAACAUGGAAUGAGCACAUCUCCAUGCGGGCGAAGAUUGUGACAGCUGUACCAGGCGACUCACAGAAGAUCAUCUUCCCCGGUCCAAGAGGCAUUGAUGACUAUGCCAGGAUGGACACCACGUUGUCUGAGGACUUAGCAAGCUUUACUCUAUGUGUGCACAUGCGCUCUAACAUGGAUACCAGCAAUACGAUGAGCUUGGUCAGCUACGCAGUGGAAGAACAGCCCAACGAGCUCUUCUUUCUUUACGUUAAUGGAAGAUUUACAUCGGAAUUAGCCUUACAAAGUGGUAGCAUCCAAAUGGCUGACCCACCAGUUUGGGACGGUGAGUGGCACACCAUAUGUACUACCUGGCGCAGCAGUGAUGGAGCCUGGCAGCUGUACGCUGACGGCACACUGACGGCUUCAGGAUCUGGGUUUAACGUGGGAGGAAGAGUGCGCACAGGCGGAACAUGGAUCCUCGCCCAGGAUCAAGACGUAGUCGGGGGAGGAUUCGCCGCAAGCCAGUCAUUCAUCGGAGAACUGUCGAACGUGAACCUCUGGGACCGCGUGCUGUCACCAGCCGAAAUAGCAGCGGAUCUUAGUUACCAUGGCAACGUGAUUGACUGGGCUACAACUGGUAUUGAAGUCUUCGGACAGGCCAGCCUGGCUUGCA